AUGGCCUGCCGCCUGCUGGUGUGCCUUGCGGCCCAAUGUAAAAGCCUUUCUUCUUUUUGCUCAAUUGUUGCCGUAGAGCGCGCGCGACGGGAAGGUCUCGAGAGUGACGAUCUCACAGGCAAGUCUGCACGAGGGUGCUUGCGCGCGGCGCGGCCAUCGUGCUCGGCGGAGGGGCGGACGGCCUGCGCCAUGGCACCGGAGUGCCGGGUGCGGCCCAGCGGCCCAGCGGCCCGCUUUUUUUGUUGUUGUCGACUUCUGCCCGGCACGGCGGCUCAAUUUAGAGCCGCCACUGGCGAGGGUUUGUCGUUGGCUUCGGUGAAGGCCCGACGGCGGAGUUGGCGACGGUGCGGGGAGUCGCGGAGCGCGACGCUCCUCGCGGGGCAGCGCGCGGGGUGGGGGCCUCAUUGGGGGCCUGAGUCGGCGCCGCGGCUCCCGUGCGGAUGCGCCGGGGCACACCGCAGGCGCCCGGCUUCAGCGUCC